AUGCGUCUUUCUUUCGUCCUCUCGAGCGUCCUCCUCUCCCUGGGAGUGAGUGGAGCUCCCGUCCUGUCCGCCGCGCCAGCUCCUUCCCCCGCUUUCAUCAAGCGCCACGCUCAUCACUCGACUUCCGACAAACACUCUUCCCAAAACACCUCAACCAGCACUUCUUUCACGACGGAAGUGAAGAUUCUCGAAAGUUGCUCGGCCGCGCAGACUCAUCAUUUGCGUCAGGGAUUGGAGCAGAUGCUCGAGCUAGCGAAUCAUGCCAAGGGGAGGCUGUUGGAAAGGGGCGAGACGGAUGAACUUUACGUGUAGGUCUAUACAUGUCUCAUCCCCCUUCCCACUAUUGUGAUUGUGAAUGCUUAGAAAAGUCAGAGAUGUUUUUUCUUGUCGGACAGUACCUACUUUGGCAACGCCCCUGCAUCUUCGGUGAUUGGAUAUUAUUCGCAAAUCGCUCUCGGCAACAAAGCAGGAGUCAUCUUGCGCUGCGACUUUCAGGAACUGAGGCCGAGGCACGAAGUGCGUAAGUACGAGAGCCGAUGA